GGCAAGGGCGGAAAGGGCCUUGGAAAGGGGGGUGCCAAGCGUCACCGGAAGAUCCUUCGUGACAACAUUCAGGGUAUUACAAAGCCUGCAAUCCGUCGUCUCGCACGUCGUGGUGGUGUCAAGCGUAUCUCAGCUAUGAUCUACGAGGAGACCCGUGGUGUUCUGAAAUCCUUCUUGGAGAGCGUCAUCCGCGAUGCAGUGACGUACACCGAACACGCCAAGCGUAAAACCGUUACAUCUCUGGAUGUAGUGUAUGCCCUCAAGAGACAAGGCCGCACUCUUUACGGUUUCGGUGGAUAA